AUGAAGUUCUCUACUACUUUUCUCUACACCUUCCUCGCCGUUACCACCCUGGGUGCCGCGAAUCCCACUGGCAGCAACGAAAUUGCCGCUGAGAAUGUCACCCCCGUGAGUGACGCGGUCCCAAAUCUAUUAGAGAAGCGCAAGGGCUGCAGCGGUGACAGGAAGGAUACCGACGUGUGUGGCGGAAAAAAACUCGCGACGCAGAACUCCUUCCACAACUGCUCGGGCAAGACGAAGGGCAAAUGCUGCGCCAAGAACAGCGAUGGCUCGGGAGGCAUCGACGUGAACAAGGGUGGUGGUGAGAAGUGUGGCUACUGCUUCAGUGGUACUUGCUCUGGUUAA